GGGUCACUAUUUGCAGGGAUGAAUGUCAUGGACUCCUGACAGAUGUUCUGCAGAAGACCUUUAUUGUCAGCUUUUCACUGCUUAUAUAUCUUUUUGACACAUUCCUCACGCGAUCACGCGCACAGUUUCUGUUAUUAGUCAGCUAGCUCUAAGCACGCGCCUUAUGCUACGUUCUAAUAGGCUGUUCUUUUUUCUCUAGCUCUAUCUCAUUUGGUUUUGCUUACUUAAGUCUUUCUUGGCAUUCCCACACUCCCAUCUCUGUUUUUUACUGCCGUGUCACUUCAGUUCAAGGACAUGUCAAACAGUGCUAAGUUACUUGCAAAUUCAUCCCCCACACCUAACUACCCUGUUUGUAAGGAAACACUCAGAUUUCUGGGGUGAAAAGGUUCUCUGUAGCAUUUCAUCACCCUUUCCUCCCCUGGAAACCUCUUUUUGGGCUGCUGGUUAAAGCAGCCUGGAAAAUACCCUCUCCCAGGUAUGGUGGGUUUUCCCCAUCAACACGUGAAUACAAAGUGCUAGAAUCCACUGUCACUUCUAACACUGCCAUGCCAUUAGUCCUCUGCUUGCUUCAAGGAUAUUUCAGGUGUUUUUCAAGUUGAUAGUGAACUUGCUAUGAAGAAACUGUAGGAAGUAGAAAUCCUUGUGCUUCACUGGGCAGAUGUUGACUUCUGGGCUCAGGGAAAUAUUUCCUGUAUAAACUUCCAAAUCCAAUGUGGAAUCGCUGUCAGUCACAUGGGUAACGUGGAGGCAAGGAGAGAGGUCUUUCCUUUUUAUAAAAAGUAACGAAGAGAAAACAGAUUCAAGUGUCCCUCCUUCCGCACCUGCCUCCCCCUUCUCCACUAAUGCUUGCUGAUCCCAAAAUAUGAGGUGCCCUGUGAAAAUGUCAGCAGCAACAAGUUAUUUCCUCAUCAGGUUGCUCUGUGGUAGUUAAUUCUAAACUUUGGUGUGUUUUGUGUCUGUCCCACCAUGCUCACUGGCUGGCAAGCUGUGAACCUCCAUGUUAUAUGAAGUUUUCCACAGCUCUCCAAAAGAUGGAGCUGCUACAACCUGGGGGCAGGUCUGAGUGAGCAGAGUUCCCGUGCGUUUUGUGAGCUCCACGUUGUUUUGAGGGCUCCUUUUAUUUUUUUUUUAAUUUUUACUUUUAUGUUGUGCUGAAGGUACCUUUUGGUUUGUCCUGGUCCUCUAGGCCAGACCAGUAGCAGAACAUGUGUCCCCAGUCAGGCUGUUAAGUUUGACUCUUUCCUUCAAAAGAGGAGUUCCCUAUCUGAUUUGGGUGAAUCAAGGUUGAUAAACUCCCAAGGAAACAGGGAGAGCUGCCUGUAGCCUGUAUUUUCAGGCUUUUAACUCCAGUCCUAAGGAAUCCUGGGUUGGGAAUAAUUCCGACAACCACCAGUUUGCAAGCCAUGGGGAGUUUAGGACUUUAGGCUUACUAAACCAGAAUGGGAGGUGAUGGGAAAAUUCCUGACAGGAAUAGGAAGUGUCACUCAUACUAUCCCAAAAGUGUAAGAUUUUUGCACAUUGUUACAGCCUCUUGUUUCCCGUUUAUAGGGAGGGAGGUAAUUUUCUAGCAGUUCUGUUUUGUAUAAUUAUACCUUGGCAUCUCGCUGUGAGAUCUGCAUGAAUUUCUGCUUAGCCUCACUAUGCCUUUCUCAAAAGGAAAUUUGUUGCAGCUUAGAGGGGGAGAGAUAAUGACUUUAAAUCAGAAGGUAACAGAGGAUCAGGAAACCUUUCCACUAGUCUCUGAAGAGCUGAACAUACAGGAGAGGUUUUUCCUCUAAUUGCCAUCAGUUCCAGGAGAGCCAUAGGGGCAAGAUGUCUUUUUUGCUUUUCUGGGGCAUAUAUUAAGCAAUAGUUGUUUGCUGUGUAUUAGUUUCUGAGCAGCUGAAACUGAGAGCUGCCUAAGUACAAGAGACUUCUGACCACUUUUCCUCCACAGCAGGUUAUUCCUAUGCCCUCUGCUAAUAUGUCCUCAUUUUCCCACGAGUGAGCAACUGUGUUUGGCUGCCAUCCCACAUUCCUAAAGCUGGCUCAGGUUCGGCUUUCUGUGGGUAAUUUAUGGAACGUGCAAGGAAACAGAGGAUGACUUAAUGGUAGGAGCAGUGGGAAUGCUCAUUGCUCCGGAGGUGCUAGAGCUGCCUGGCUUGGGCCUCCUGGCUGCAGGGCAUUAGGACCCAGAGGUUGCUGAGCGGAGGAUGCUGAAUCCCCUUUCCGCUGUCAUCCUCGCUGCCUCUGCAGCUUUAUUCCUCAUCUCCUUCAAUGGUGACUGACUACCUCCCGCCCAGGCUGGCAGCCAGAGCGAAGAGGCCUCGCUAGGACUGGUUCCCAGCGGCUCCAUGGCAUCUCCCAGGACUAUUACCAUCGUCGCUCUCUCGGUGGCCCUGGGGCUCUUUUUCGUCUUUAUGGGGACCAUCAAACUGACCCCUCGGCUCAGCAGAGAUGCCUACAAUGAGAUGAAACGAGCAUACAAAAGCUACGUGCGCGCCCUCCCCAUGCUAAAGAAGAUGGGAGUCAGCUCCAUCCUUCUCCGCAAGAGUAUUGGCGCCCUAGAAGUGGCGUGUGGCAUUGUCAUGACAGUGGUGCCUGGUCGCCCCAAAGAUGUGGCCAAUUUUCUCCUCCUCCUCCUUGUGCUGGCUGUGCUCUUUUUCCACCAGCUAGUUGGGGAUCCACUCAAGCGUUAUGCCCAUGCCCUGGUCUUUGGGAUCCUGCUUACCUGUCGUCUGCUGAUUGCCCGCCAGCCUGAGGAGCAGCUGCCAGAAAAGAGGAUCCUGUCAGUGAAUGGGGAUGAGCAGCCACUCAUCCAUGAAGCAGCCCCUGAGAAAGGCAAAAUGAAGGUAUCCUAGUUGAGUGUGUGAGAAAUACGGACCCUCGAGGCAGCUCUCUCCAAAAUCACCCAGAAAAUUUGUUUUUUUAUUUACCUAUUUAUAUUUUUUGUCUGUCUAAAUAAAGUUGCACUUGGGGUCUGAGAGACACA